AUGGAUCCUACCGCUAUGUCUUUCGAGGCAAAGAUCGGGCUGGCGUUGAGCGGGUCCAACUGGCAAGAGCUUGGGAGCAGCAGCAAAGCAGCGGAGCCCUCUCAAGACGAAGUAGUGCAAGAGACGCUUGAUUUUGAAGCCGCAGAAGGCCGAACAGAGGCGCCAAGAGAACUAACAGAGAAGCAAAAAAAGAAGAUCGAACAGCAAGCACAAAAGAUCGCACGUGAUGCCGGCGAUGUUCUUGAAGUAAUCGAGUCGGAUGCUCUCACUCCAGUCCCUACAAAUGUUACAUGGGAUCAAGAUCCAGAGCUGCUGUGUUGCUACAAUUGGCUGGCUUCCACAGAUGGGACUAACACGAUCUUUGUUCCUGGAGAACCCGCGAAGUGGUCCCCACCCACGUUGCCACACACUCUCGAGCGUGACAGUGGCUUCCAAUACACAGAUUACAACUACGCGCGUCAGCCCCGAGAUCCAUACUCGCCAAUGUUUCACGCUCUCAGUGUCAUGAACCCAAACUAUCAAUUCAAUGAUGUUGAUGUAUUAGCAGAUCGAAACAACUUGCGAGUCCUUCUCGAGUUUGUGCAGGGCAAGUCCAACGGUCCAUUUCGCCUAGAUCUCUAUCUCGUCUUCAACACACUCAUUAUCGUGCGCAAUCAGUCAAGGUGGUGGACUCACCACAAUGGCCAGAGCUACGGGUGCAACUUCGAAAAGUUCUUCACUCGUUCUGCAAAGGGUAUGGAAGACGCAACGAGCCACUACCGAGCAAUCAAAUAUCCCAUGGGACCUCUUAAUGUUGUCUGCCGUUUCGAGGCAGAUGCAUACGACGAUGGACUCGUCUCGGAUGAACUCUCCCUAUCUGAGGCGGCUGCUGUGAGCGGCGGACUCGCACAGCGGCCAAACUUCGUCCACAAGGCACCUAUCCGAGUUUUGCAAAAGGGUCAUAUCGUCCCCACGGCCCAGAUGGUGGAGCUCAAGACGCAAAAGCACGAUCCAGAGAGGUAUAAGCCAGUCGCAUGCCAGGAUCAGCUUUGGUUCGGCCGUACUUCGCUACUUUUCACCGGACCAUAUGAGUUGAACACCGGUGUGAUCCGUCGUGUGAAAUGCGAAGACGCUACAGCAAGAAUUAAGCACUGGGAGGACGACAACCAAGAGAAUCUCAGGAAACUUGUUAGCUUGCUAACUCAAUUGAGGGCAGUGUUGCAACGAGAACGACGACCAAAUCGGGCAGUUGUUCUUGUACGCGAGAGUAAGGGCGGUCCGCUUACCAUCCGCUCAAUGGAGGGGAUGAGUCGUGCUGUGGGAAGGGAGUUUUUCACGAAACAUUGGCCAAUGUCGUCUGUUCCACAUCGUGGUGGCUAUCAUGGCCGAAGAGGUGGUCGAGGUGCAUUCAACGCUCCUCGUGGCCGCGGUCAAUCGUACGGAAAUCAACCGUAUGCCAAUCAGUCGUAUGGCAGGCAGCCGUAUAACAAUCAGUCAUAUGGCAAUCAGCCGCGAGGCAGUCAGCCGUAUAACAACCAGUCGCAUGGUGGUCAACCAUAUGCUACUCGUGGUCGAGGCUUCUCCGAGCGAAGAAGAAGUCCUGACUACGGACGUGGUGGAUCUCGGCAUUAG